AUGAAAAUGGCAAACCAAUACGACGAGAUAGGCCUCGCAUACGAAUCGAUCAAACGCUUCCCAGCGGCCGUUCUCGAACGCAGGACCUUCCAAUCCGUCAUAACACCACUACUAUCGUCACGCAAGGACGUCAAGAUCCUCGAUCUAGCCUGCGGCACAGGCUAUUACACACGCCUCCUUGCUGAAUGGGGCGGCAACAGCAUCUCAGACAUACUGGGCAUUGAUCUCUCGCCUGUUAUGGUCGAAGCUGCAAGGGCAGCAUCUUCGCCCGCAACCUCAGCCUCGCAAUAUCCAGACGCUGAAGGGAAAGCGCCAAACGACGACAAGAUCACCUUUCAAGUCGGCGACUGCACGCAACCGCUGAAUCUAUCAUCUGGACCCUUCACCAUCGCAACAGGCGCCUGGCUGCUGAACUACGCGUCCUCCGCGGCCGCCAUGACGGGUAUGUUCCGCAACAUCGCGCAGAACCUGUGUGACGACGGCGUCUUCAUCGGCAUCACGCCCUAUCCCGCACCUGACCUCGACGCCUUCGCUGAAUCUUUCUCACCCUCCAACACCAACACCACCGCCACAUCCACAUCCACAUCCAUCAACGACGACCAAGCGAAAUACGGCGUGACAGUGCAGUACACGCGGCGCCUCGCGUCCGGCGAAGGCUACGCGACGAAAAUCACAGCGCACACGACGCCCGUGGAGAUUGCGUUUGAGAAUUUCCACCUCUCGCGCGAAGUCUAUGAGUUGUGUGCGAGGGAUGGGGGUCUGAGAGGGGACAUGCGCUGGGUUGACCCUGUGUUGCCGGCGACGGAUGAGGAGAGUCUAAGUGUGUAUGGCCAUGGCAUCGAUCUUGCUUGGUGGGAUUCGUACCGAGCGAGAAUGCAUUGUGCCGUUUUGGUGGUGAGGAAGUCGUGA